UCACUUUCCGGGUCUGUUUCACUCAUGCUUUCAAUUCAUAUUUCCAUGAACUACUCACUUUCCGGGUCUUUUUCACUCAUACUAUCAAUUCAUAUAUCCAUGAACUACUCACUUUCCGGGUCUGUUUCACUUAUACUUUCAAUUCAUAUAUCCAUGAACUACUCACUUUCCGGGUCUGUUUCACUUAUACUUUCAAUUCAUAUUUCCAUGAACUACUCACUUUCCGGGUCUUUUUCACUCAUGCUUUCAAUUCAUAUUUCCAUGAACUACUCACUUUCCGGGUCUGUUUCACUCAUACUUUCAAUUCAUAUUUCCAUGAACUACUCACUUUCCGGGUCUUUUUCACUCAUGCUUUCAAUUCAUAUUUCCAUGAACUACUCACUUUCCGAGUCUUUUUCACUCAUACUAUCAAUUCAUAUAUCCAUGAACUACUCACUUUCCGGGUCUGUUUCACUUAUACUUUCAAUUCAUAUAUCCAUGAACUACUCACUUUCCGGGUCUGUUUCACUCAUGCUUUCAAUUCAUAUUUCCAUGAACUACUCACUUUCCGGGUCUGUUUCACUUAUACUUUCAAUUCAUAUUUCCAUGAACUACUCACUUUCCGGGUCUGUUUCACUCAUACUUUCAAUCUCCUCCUGGUUCUCAGUCAGGUAUGUCUUGAUGAAGUCGGCAAAUGCGCCAUAUUGUUUCAGUAGGUUGUCAUAAGUGUCCAUCUCAGAUAUAUGGCCAUCUUUCAGUACCACUAUCUUAUCUACAUCUUUUAGGAAACUGAUACUAUGGGUCACUAGGAUCCUGGUCU